GCGAGUCUGCGCAGAUUAACACGCGUGGAGGAAGGGGAAAUAAUUCCGAAUGAAAACACGAACAGACUUCAGUUCAUUUAUGUAUAUUUAACACUGUAAGAGCGGAAUGAACACAGAUUCAAACAGAGACACUAAAUCUCGUCUGUGUGUGUUUGAGAGAUGAGCAGCUCCAGUGGAGAGUUCGAGCCCGAAUCAAAGCGGCUGUGCACGCGCAUCUGCCCGCAGAACAGCUCACAUGAGCGCGCUGAAGUGUCUGUGAUCAUGCCGGUGUAUAAUGCGUGUGAUUGGUUGAAUGAGUGUCUUGGGUCGAUACUGCAGCAGGAUUUUCAGGGCAGUCUGGAGCUGUCUGUGUAUGAUGACGCCAGUACGGAUAACUCCAGAGAACUGAUUGAGAGUUGGAGGGAGAGGUUCAAGGAGAGAGGUGUUUCCAUGAUGAUAUCAGGCCAUAACUCAACCAGCCCAAGAGGAGUUGGAUUUGCUAAAAACCAAGCGGUGUUUCAGAGCUCAGGACGAUACCUCUGCUUUCAGGAUGCGGAUGAUGUCAUGAUGCCUCAGAGAGUGAGACUACAACAUGAAGCUGCCACACUGAACACCACCGCAAUUGUUGGUUGUAAAGUUUGCCGUAUUCCAGAAGGCUCCACUGAACGCUACACCAGGUGGAUCAACUCUCUCACUCCAGAGCAACUCCUCACACAGGUCUACACCUCUCAUGGGCCGACAGUCGUCAUGCCAACCUGGUUCUGCUCACGUGAUUUGUUCCAGAAAGUUGGUCCAUUUAACGAGGGAGGAAAGGGCAUUCCAGAGGACUUGCUCUUCUUCUAUGAGAGUCUUCGUCAUGGAGGGGGCGUGGUCAGAGUGGAUGAGUAUUUACUGGUUUAUCGAUAUCAUGAAAAUGCGGCAACACAUUCAGUUUUGGAAGACACUAUCUGGAGUCUCCGCGUGAACUUUCUGCAGGAGCGAGUGCUCAACCAAUGGGAAUCCUUCACUAUAUGGAAUGCUGGGAAACAGGGACGAAAGCUCUACCGCAGUUUGAGUCCAGCCAAUCAGAAGAAGGUGAAGGCGUUCUGCGACGUAGACGAAAACAAAAUUAAGAAGGUCUUUUACACAUACGAGGAGUCAAAGGAACGUCCUAAACCGAAGAUUUCUGUGCUACACUUCAAAAAUGCAUCGCCUCCAUUUAUAGUGUGUGUGAAACUGGACAUGACUCAUGGAGUUCUGGAGGAGAACCUGAUGUCCCUACAGCUGAAAGAGGGAAUCCAUUAUUACCAUUUCAACUGAAGCGUGUGUGUGGUUGAGCAGAGAACCUGUUCGUUCUUUCCUUCUCAGAGUUUCAGGCCUGAGGAACCUCUCACAUCCCUCUAACACCUAGCCUCCGACACACACACGGACGAUUCUUUGCACUGUUGCCCCGUGUCACUGAAUCUCACCCUGUUUCCCGGGUGACCCGUAUCAGAAGAUAUCGGCUCAAAAUAAGAGUUUUGCCACGGACCAGUCCAUCUUCCAUCAGACUGCUCUCAGUCAGGUCCACUCUCUGUGCUAAAAUAGCCUCCAAUAAUAGAGCAAAAGUUAUUAUGUGUGAUGUUCACAGGAGAUCAGUGUUAACAGGUCUCAGUGAAGUAUAGGUCUACGGUUGGUGAGUGAUCUUAACCGCGUUAAUGAUUAAUGACCAAAUCUACAGACUUUUGGUGCAAUUUCUGUGCAGUGUGGACUUUGUGGGAAGUGUUUUGUCAGAUAAACCUAAAAUGUGUUUCUUGUGAUAACUUCUAAAUCUGAAAUGGUUUUAAACAAGCCAAAAUAUGAUUUAAUAUGACUGAAUCAGUCUGAUAACACUGGGUUUCACCAGAAGUGGUUCUUCACUUUUUACAAUGUCUUUGUGCCUCUGGUAUCAUUUUAUUUCAAAGAUUAAAGAGAUAUAUUUGAGA